AUGGCCCAAACUCUUGAGCAGCGCCGCCGAAACGCAAAGUUCGCCAAGGAGCAGGAGUCUCGUAUGGGCAAGUCGGACGACCAGAUUAAGAAGAGGACCAAGGAGACGCCCAAGUCUCCUAUUUCGCCUGUUUGGAUUGUUCUCCUUGGUUUCGUCGUCUUCGGCGGUCUAGUAUUCGAAGCUCUAUCCCGCAUGUUCGCCUAA